AUGAAAGUUUUUGGUAUCAAAUUAAAUUUUUCAAUACCGGUUCAUCUCCAAACAAAUGGUCAUUCUGUAUUAAGAACUAAAUCACUCCAUUUUUCGCAAACCAGGGUUAUAAACCAACUUCUCUAUAAACUGUUAGCUCACCGCAAUUCACAAAUCAUUAAAGAAUUGAAAGUUUUUGGGAAAAUCAAAACAUUAAGAAUAGGCCUAAAAUUAAUCAAUAAAGAAGUGCAGCUUAAAAUUCUCUUAUCAAAAGCAGAAACAAAAUCAAAAGCAGAAACAAAAUCAAAAGUCCCAAAGGUUAUAUUAAGGAGUUAG